UUUAAAUAAGAAAACUGUUUUUCCGCUCCUCUUCUUUCUGAGCUUGGUUUUUCCAGAAUUUUCUAGUAGCCGAAGGAGAUCCGUGAGUAAACUCUGUCGUUCUCUUUUCGCCGGAAAAUCUUUUGUUUUGUAGAUAGAAGAAUGCCGAAAGUGAAGACAAAUCGUGUGAAACACCCAGAGGGUUGGGAAUUGAUUGAGCCUACUCUUCGUGAACUACAAGCAAAGAUGAGAGAAGCCGAGAAUGAUUCUCAUGAUGGUAAGAGAAAGUGUGAGACUUUGUGGCCUAUAUUCAAGAUAGCACAUCAGAAGAGCCGUUAUAUCUUCGACCUUUACCAUCGGCGAAAGGAAAUAUCCAAGGACUUGUAUGAGUUCUGUUUGGACCAAGGUUAUGCUGACCGCAAUCUGAUUGCAAAGUGGAAGAAGGUUUGUCCAAAGUCUAUAUUUUAUUUAAUUCAGCCAUCAUUUGCAAUAGUAGUAAUGUAGAAAUUGAAACUGUUU